AUGCUACAAUCUGGGUUUAUUAAUACCUACGGAGCAGAUCACACAGCGAUGCUAAGGAAGACAGGCGUGGAAGCCAUGCUGUACAGUAACGCCAGUAAGACUGUGCAAUACACGGGUGGGCAUGGGUACACAGUGUGUAACGAGACGGAACGUGAAUGGGGAGCUGAAACACUGAAAAAAGUGUGCAACUUUACAUUAUUCGACAUUCCAGACUCGAAUACAGCGAUGAACGGAACGUUCAUUAACGGUACAGAACUGGGCUCGUACCUCCCUCAAAUGGACGCGAAGCUUUCAGCCAUUCUUUACUCGCUAAUAUUUCUACUCGCUAUCGUAGGCAAUGUGCUAGUCAUUGUGACUCUGAUACAAAACAGACGCAUGCGAACUGUGACCAACUUAUUUCUUUUCAGCCUGGCACUUAGUGACUUGUUAUUUGCUCUGUUUUGUAUGCCUUCUACCAUAAUUGGUGCUAUUCUACAAAAUUUUAUUUUUGGUGCGGGAUUCUGCAAAGUCAUUGUGUACUGCCAAGCCCUGUCAGUGUUCGUAUCAGUGUGGACUCUGGUGGCUAUAUCAAUAGAACGCCACUUCGCUAUUUGCCAACCGCUCAGUUCGCGUAGAUGGCAGACCAAGUCCCAUGCAUACAAGACGAUUACCGCAGUAUGGUUUAUUGGCAUUAUUCUUUUCAUUCCGUCAGCUUACUUUGCCAAUCUGGAGCAGUUCGCCGAGAACAGGUAUCGAUGUAACGACUUCUGGCCGAGUCCAGCCGCAUAUCAGUUUUACGUGACAUUCUUGUUAUUUAUUCUUAUGAUUGCACCAUUGUUUGUGAUGACUGUGGCGUACAGUUUAGUUAUUAAAGAUCUGUGGAGGGGUAUGCAGAAUGAGAAAAAAGACGUCUUCAUCGAAUACCGACAAACAGGCGCACCGGAAGAAGGUAGUUUCAAGAUGAACAACACUACUGGGAGUUUCAAGCUAAAUUCCAUCAAAAAGGCAUCCAGACACAGAAAGCGGAUAUUGCGAAAUUCUGCCAGCAAUGCAGCCAAGAGAAAAGUGGUCGGUAUGCUAAUCGUGAUAGUGGCUGUAUUCUUCGUUUGCUGGACGCCUCUUUGGUGCCUGAAUAUCUGGUACGUCUACGAUAUGCAUUCGGCUAUGAUGACUCUGACACCCGUGCAGGCCGCUGUACUCAAGUUGAUUGCUCACAUUUCGACGUGCAUCAAUCCUAUUAUUUAUUGCUUCAUGCUGAAGAAGUUCAGGCAGGGUUUCCUGGAAGUGUUUACCUGCUGCCGAGAGAAACGCGAUGGUUGUAACAAUACAAGAUCAAGUACGUACAAACUUAUUAAUUUAAACUAG